GACAGUUAAUGCGCACAGACUUUGCACUAAGUGUACUGCGCGCAAAUAUGUUUCCUUUCUACACAAGAUGCAGAACAAACCCGUAACAAUGUCAAAUAGGAAAUUAGUCGGCCAGUGUGUCUUACUGUUGAUAUAAAGCAAUAAAGCGUCAGGUUGGGGUCUCGCGUAAGGAGCUGCCCCAGCCUGUGAUUGGAGGACGGCAUGCCACGUGCACAUGUCCGAUGCCACACGAGUACAUCUGAUUACCUGGCAGGUUGCUCUGUUGGGCGGUUGAGAGAUCUCGCAAAGGCUUCAGCUGCAGCUGCUGAGUAACCGCCUGCAGAGCAAACAGAGCUUGUCCACAGAUUUAAACUUUUUAAUGCAUUAAGUUGGGGCCGCUUUUUAACAACCACCAUGGCUUUGAGCUCAUUCGACAUCGACGCACCACGGUGGGAUCAGUCUACGUUUAUGGGCCGACUGAAACACUUCUUCAACAUCACAGACUGUCGAACGGCGCUCUUACCUGACUCGCACUUGGACGAGGCCAAAGCUUUAGUGGAUAGCUGCAGGGCAGGAUCCGUCCCUCCUGGCACCACAGAGGAGCAGCUUCACUAUGCUAAGAAGCUGUACGACUCUGCCUUCCACCCAGACACAGGAGACCGCAUGAACCUUAUCGGCCGUAUGUCCUUCCAGGUCCCUGGAGGCAUGGCCAUCACCGGCUUCAUGCUGCAGUUCUACAGGACAGUUCCUGCUGUGGUGUUCUGGCAGUGGGUCAAUCAGUCCUUCAACGCUCUGGUCAAUUACACAAACCGUAACGCUGCCUCCCCCAUCACGCCCAAGCAGAUUGGAGUCGCCUAUGUUACAGCAACCAGCACAGCAUUAGCAACAGCAGUCGGACUCAACCUCUACACAAAGAAAGCUCCUCCGCUCGUGGCUCGCUGGGUCCCUUUUGCAGCGGUGGCGGCAGCCAACUGUGUUAACAUUCCUAUGAUGAGGCAACAGGAAAUUCUGAAUGGCAUUGCUGUGACAGAUGAAAAUGGCAAUAAGCUGGGCCACUCUACGAAAGCGGCUGUAAAAGGCAUCACUCAGGUGGUCAUCUCUCGGAUCACCAUGGCCGCACCAGGAAUGAUCAUCCUCCCCAUCAUCAUGCAGAGGAUGGAAAAAUACAAGUUCAUGCAGAGAAUCACGUUUCUCCAUGGACCACUUCAAGUGAUGAUGGUGGGAGUGUUUUUGAUCUUCAUGGUUCCUGCAGCCUGCUCGCUGUUCCCUCAGCGAUGCUCCAUGACUGUGUCGAAGCUGGAGCCCGAGCUGAGAGACUCCAUCGUGUCGCAAUAUGGAGACACAGUACAACGCGUCUACUUCAACAAAGGCCUCUGA